AUGAGAAGCUGCGGCCCCUCCGCUGUCGGACUCUCACCGCAUCCACUUGUGCUUUACCCUUCUCUGCCGUUUCUGCCUCCUCCGACGUCGCCGUAUCGCCACCUUUGCAGCGCGUUGCAGGAAAGGGGAUCCGGCAACCAUCCCGUCUAUAUAAACCCCCCCUGGAGCCAGGAAGGCCCUUUACUCUCAGGCGAAGUUAUUAUUCGGAUCCGGUCACCUCGGGAAGAGCAGACGAGAGAAAGGAAAGGGAGGUCGCUGGAGUGGGAGGGAAUGCAACUGGGGAAGUACGAGAUCGGGAGGACGCUCGGGGAGGGGAACUUCGGGAAGGUGAAAUACGCGCGCCACGUGGAGACCGGGCAGGCCGUCGCCGUGAAAAUUCUCGACCGGAAGCGCAUCCAAUCCCUCAAGGUCGACGACCAGAUAAAAAGGGAGAUUGGAACGCUGAAGCUGUUGAAGCAUCCGAACGUCGUCCGAUUAUAUGAGGUUUCAGCGAGCAAAACUAAGAUCUACAUGGUCCUUGAGUAUGUGAAUGGUGGUGAAUUAUUCGACAAAAUUGCACAGAAAGGGAAGCUGCCAGAACAAGAAGGGCGAAGGCUUUUCCAGCAGCUAAUUGAUGCUAUAAGUUAUUGCCAUGAUAAGGGUGUUUACCACCGGGAUUUAAAGCCGGAGAAUGUUCUUGUUGAUGCAAAGGGGAACAUAAAGGUAUCUGAUUUUGGCCUCAGUGCUUUACCUCAGCAUCUUGGGAAUGAUGGUUUGCUGCAUACAACCUGUGGCAGUCCAAACUAUAUUGCCCCGGAGGUCCUUGCCAACAGAGGAUAUGAUGGUGCCAGGUCAGAUAUCUGGUCUUGUGGUGUCAUCCUAUAUGUUAUUCUUAUGGGAUAUCUUCCAUUCGACGAUAGAAAUCUUGCUGUUCUCUAUCAGAAGAUAUUCAGGGGAGAUACCCAGAUCCCUAAAUGGCUAUCUCCUGGUGCUCAAAAUUUUUUACGGAGAAUUCUUGAUCCGAAUCCUAUCACCCGAAUAAAUGUAGCUGAAAUUAAAGCACAUGAGUGGUUUAAGCAAGAUUAUACUCCUGUUAUUCCGAAUGAUGAUGAUGAUUAUAUGAGCAUUGAUAAUGCAGCUUUCUCGAUUAAAGAGCAUAAUGAGGGAGAUUUUCUGCUGUCGCCCACCCACAUCAAUGCUUUUGAGCUUAUUGGAAUGUCUUCAUACCUUGAUCUUUCUGGCUUUUUUGAAAAAGAGGAUGUUUCUGAAAGGAAGAUCAGAUUCACAUCCAAUUAUCCACCACAGGAUUUGUUUAAAAAGAUCGAAGAUAUUGUUACAGAAAUGGGGUAUCAAGUCCAAAGAGGGCAUAGAAAGCUGAAAGUCAUGCAACAAUUCAAAGGUGCAAAGACCGUAAGAUCCCUUUCCGUUGCUGCUGAGGUGUUCGUGCUCGGUCCAUCUCUAUAUGUUGUGGAACUAAGAAAAUCAUAUGGAGAUUCCUCAUUGUACAGACAGUUGUGUACAAAGCUAUCAAAUGAUUUAGGUGUCUGUAAAAGCCAGCAGCUUUUGAAGACACAAUCUUGUUUGCCAGAGCUUGCUGGUUUUGAAGGGGAGAUGCCUGUUGCUGCUUUGUGAUCAAUAAGAAUUUGUAUCUCUUAGGAUGCAGAAUGAAAAAUAAAUUUUUCCUCAUUCACAUAGGCCCAUGUAAAAAAGAAUUAUGUUAGAAUUGUAACAGUGUACAUACAUUCUGGAUUUGAAAGGCCUCUUUUCUUACCAAACUUGAUGGA